AUGGCCUCCAACGGCGCCGAAAAAAAUUGCGUGAUGGACAUCAAGUGGGCGUUCCUGGUGCCGUGGUGCGAGGUGUUCGCCGAGUGCAAGGCUAUCUCCGAGGUGGUGGACACGUCCAAGGCUCCCGUGACCGCGUCGCUGCGCUGCUGGCAGCCUCUGCCCCCCCCCCCCGCGCGCGAGUCGCUGGCGGGAAGAUGCAUGAUCCCCGUCCCGUUCUGGGCCGAGACGGGCUCCCGCUAUGACCGCAAAAGAUUGCAACGCGCGCGGGAGGCCGUCGAGCUGUUCAACAUGCUGGCGAUGUUUGUGACCGUAGUCGACAGCAUCGAAGAACUAUUCACCGACGACCUGAAGUUUGUCAAACCUAUUUGGGAGUGCGUUUUGGUGGGCAAAUUGUCGAAAUUCGACCCGGUGGCGACGCAGGCGAAAGUGACGUGGGGGCAGCUCUUGGGCUGUCAAAAUAACCCGAUGCAGUAUUCCGACGAGUUCCGAGCGGCCAUGGGCAAGUUGGAGGCGAUGAGACGUCAACUGGAGAACGGCAACAAAUCGAAGAUUUCUCGUCGGCUGGGAAAGUUAUUUGAUGCGGAGGUUCCCCGGGUCGUUCAGCUGUGCGCAGUCAGCGAAGAAGCAGCCGAUGUGGUCGAGAAGUUGGAGGGGUCUCGUUCGUGUGUGGGAAGUGGAGCGAUAAGCAACGUGGAGUUUUCGAGCCCGGAUAUCCCGCUACUGACGAAGGCUGUGGCUCGCUCGAACUACUCGUCGCUUCGUCUGGGACUUGAUGAAAAGUCAAAAGGGGCUGCUGCGAUGCACAGUGCCGUGCAGUGUCUUGGGGAUUCGGGUGUCCGUGUAAGUGGGGUUUGCUCCGCGCUCGCUGAGGCGAAGUCCAUUCACAAGUUGACGCUUCAAAUCGGUACGCUCUGGGACGACAACGACGGGAUGAACCAACCUGGGGUGCAGAUCAGUUGGGUCGCUGAUGCGGCGUAUGGGGCGAUCAAGGAAAACUACCCACCAGGGAUUAUCGGGCAGGCUGGUCAGGACGAAUUGCCGCUGUCGAGCUCGUACGAUUCUGCUUCAAUGGGGAAGCAAGCGGACCUCGUUGUGCCAGGCUAUGGACUUUGCAUGGUGGCGAUUGAUGAUGGUGUCAAUGAGUUCAUACAAGAUCCUCCGGGUGUCAAUGAGUUUAUACAAGAUCCUCCGGCCCCGAAGUCAGGCUGGAAGUCUUCAGGGAAGGUCGAAGACGAUGAAGUGCUGUACGAAAUCUUUGAUGGAAUGGGUGCUGGGCUUCGGACAUUGACCAUGGAGAUGCACUGGAGUGAUAAGCAUCCGUGCGUGCUAUUCUAUCGCAUGGUCCUAAGUUGCCCUAAGCUGGAGGAGCUGCACCUCAAAGGAUUCGAUAUCGCACUUACCGAUAUGGAGGAGAAACGAAACGAUAUGGAGGAGGAGGAGGAGGACAUAUCCGAGUGGGGGGUCAAGAAGUUGGUUCUCGAGGACGUUAGAGAUGUGGACGGCCUGUUGGAGACUCUAAGCGACCCCAAUGUUCGGAUGGCUCGGGAGUUGGUUGAGCUGAGACUCACGUUGACCAAUGACUCAAUGGUUUCGCCGGAAUAUAUCGCUGCGCUCGAAUCACAAGACGGGAAGUUCCUGCCUGUGGUCAAGCAGAAGCUCCCUACCCGCUCGAAACUCGCGAUGAUCAGUGUCGCUAAAAGCGACGACGAUGCGGAAGACAAGAACAAGGCGACUCAUCAGCUGGAUGAAAGCAUUCUGAGCACGGGGAAUCCACAUAGCUUGGUCCAACACCGUCGCGGAGGACAAACCAACCAUCACAAGAGCUCGGAGCACCCGCGUGAGAAUGGUGGAGCUACCAGCAGCAACGCCAGUGAUACAGAGGCCGAGGAAAGAGCGCCAUCAUUUGCGUCCAAACUCAACGUGUUCCUUGGGGCCAAGAGCGGCGUCAACACCAAGCUCGGCGGCAUAUUCAAGGAUCGUACCAUGCACGCGUCGGAUACGUCGAUGUGCAAGAUGGAGCAAGAAAUCCAGCCUUUGGUGUGCAACGAGAGUGAUAGCCUCGUAUUGGCUCCGAAUUAUCACUGUCGAUACGACUCGGCUUCAACGCAGAAACAAGCGGAAGUCGUUGUCCCAGGCUAUGGACUCUCCAGCGGUAAUGCUUACUCCAAUACAAUCCACCGCUUUUCGAAAUCGAGAUCUGAAGAGACGUAUCCAUGA